UUGAUCAUUUGUAAUCAAGUACGCCUGACUUUCCCAAACAAAAGAUAAAUUCGAAAGUUUGCGGUUUUACAGCUAAUAUUCGUUGCAUUUUAAUUUUGUGGUGGAAGUUUGGCUACAGGCUCCUAUAAGAAAUAUGCCGGCAACAAACUACAACUGGCCAUUCAAUGAAGAGCAACCAAUAUUCAAUGUGUACGGUACCAAGAGAAAAAACUGUGAUGACUCAAGACAGGAUGUUGUGGAGGAAAUGGAGACUAAGCGAAGGUGUACUGAAUCAAGACCGGGUAUGGAAGAAGAUGGUAUGACAGACAGUAUGGACAUAUCAGGGCAACCAGAAUCUCAGAUGCAUCAUUCACACCAACCUCAGGUGCCAUUAUUACAGAGUAAUUCAUCAUCACAGACUCCUCAUCACCUUCAUCAUCAUGAUCAUCAUCAACAUCAUCAACAUGAUCAUCAAUCUUCUAUGCAUUCUAACACAGUCAUUCAGAAUUUGGCUCAACACCAUUUACAGGUUACAAUGAACAACAGAGUGCCUCCCCUCCCCGACCAGACGGGGGAUCAUAUUGGUGAUAACAACAAUACUAUAUUACAUACAGGUCAAGGAGAAGAACUUAAUAAUAACAUGACGUCUCAAUCUGACCUUGACAUUCAGAACAAUAUGUUGAUGGAUCUCAACGAGGGAGUAUACAGCACUGCAACAUUGCCUAUAAACCCUCAGACAGAUGCGGAGUACGAGGCUGCGUGCAGUAUGAUGGCAGCCAUGGAGGGUGAGGGCGCCCCGAACCCUCAACAAUACUCACUUUCAUACUGUGAUUCACAUUGCGUUGGUGGUAGCUGGAGUCCUAACUCAGGAAAAGUUCGCUGCUCUUGUAGACCUUCAUGGGAAGGGUUGACAGACGUCCGUCCGUACAUCUCAGAUUACUACUGAUCUCUUCGCCUUUAAAUAUUUCCCAUAGCGGCGCCAACAGCUCGCUUCAAGAACUGCCUUAUAUUACUGUUGUGAUUACACAACAUUUUGUUAUAGUUACAUUUGUAUUAGUGCACAUGACAUUCAAGACAUUUUGAUAAAGUUAUUAGUGCUGUAGUUAUUUUCAUAUGUUAAAUAAGUCGGAAUAUGUUCUGGUAGAAAAAAAAAUAUAUGUGACAUGUACAAAUUUUACCAUAAAUAACAUUAAGGUAGUCUUACUGUAUUUUUUUUCGCCAAAAAAUUGUAACAUCGGCCAUUAUCU